GAGUUCCGCCUUGCAGUUCUCUAUGCGGCCGGGGACAAAGGCAAAUCGUAUCCCAUACAUGUGGACUUGGAAUUACACAAGGAUACACACUUCCCUGACUAUGACGCCGUGUCGUAUACAUGGGGCGACGAGAAUAGCGACGCCGAACGUUGUCAACCAGUCUACGUUGGCGAUCACUGGGACAUAAUCUUUCAAACCAAGAAUUGCUGCGACAUGUUGAGAUAUUUACGAUCAUCUCGAGGGAUGAAGCUGCUCUGGGUCGAUGCAAUCUGUAUCGACCAGAACAAUACGGACGAGAGAGCUACGCAAGUGGCAAAAAUGAAUCAGAUCUACUCGAGAUGCUCGCAAGUAUGGGCUUGGAUGAGCAGUGAUUUGGUAUCGGAUAAUCUGGAAGGCUUGCCCGAGCGACGCUGGCUCCAUGAGCUUGGAACAGCGCAUGACUAUGCUGUGACGUCCUCGCAAAGCCAGCCAAUCCCGAAUAUCCUGUAG